GGGGGCUGUUAGCUGUCCGCCCGGCUCCUCCAGGGCCUGGAGCUCGGACGCGCGCUCUGGGGGGUUCUGGGGCGGGGACGCGAGCUCGCGGGGAGCAGUGGCCGGCCCCGGCCGCCGCGGUGGCUGUGCUCAGAAGCCGGUCCUGGCGUCAGGAGACCGGGCGCAUGGCGCGGGGCGCGAGUUCCCCUACCCGCCCGUGCGCCCCGUUAGGCCUUUCCUGGGCCCUAACGACAGCUCGCCUGGCGUCGCCCUCGGAGCUCUCCUGUGUCCCCAAAAUGCCUUUCCCGCGCCCCCCGCCCUUCUGCGGCGACUGCCCAGGGUGCUCUGUACUGCCACAGUCGGACUGCCGAGCCUGCCGGGCGCUUCGGGGAGGGCGCUAGGGGCCCGGACGCGGCCGCCGAGCGUAGGUUCCGGCCUUUACUCCCCGCAGCUGCGCACGGAGCCCCAGCUGGGGUUGUCCGCUCUGGGGAUCACAAGCUGCGGAGCCCCGGGCGCCACCCGCCGGCCCCUUCAGAGAGCCCGCUUCCGCCGCCGGCCGUGGCACGCCGUGGGCUCCGGGAAGACUCUGGCUUCCCCACCGCCUGAGGCCGCUGGGGCGGGGCUGCAGUGACAGUCCCGCGCGCUACCGCGGAAACAGGAAGUUGGUUGGGUGCGCGCCGGCUCGGGCUGCAGGUCCCGGGUCCCUCGGCCGCCGCAGCCGCCAUGCCCAGGUGAAAGGGCUCCCGCACCGCCCGGUGCUCCCCAUCUGCCUGGCAUUGUGCGCAGAGCUGGAAAGCAUGGCUGUUGUAUGUAUUCUUGCGCCCGUGUGACAACAUUUACACUUCUAAAAACGGAACCUCCUUCCGUUUUAGGAUUGCAAGUUAACCUAGGAAAAACAGCACUCUGCAAAUUAUUUGCUGGAAAAUCUCGAUGACUUAGGGCCCAUGUAUGACUUUGCAGGGGUCUCUCACUCUAGUUUACUGGUGUAGAUUUUUUCAAAAAUCCAUCUUAUCAAAAACCGCUUAAGGUGGAAAAUUUCAAAUGCAAAUAAAUGAAUUCUGAUUUGGGGAAGCAGAUGCCAACUUAGAGCCUCGUACCAAUCUCUCUGUCUUUAAAAGGCACUCCAGCAGAGAACCCAGGCCCUUCACCAUACUGGUGCAUGGUUCCUGACACUUGUGGAGCCCGUUCCGAAGUUCCUUACAGAUCAGGUGCCCAGCUAAGACCUGGAUGCCAUCACCCUACCCAGGGCUGUGCAGUUUUCUCAUGGUGAACCCUUGAUGGAUUUGUUGUUGCUUGAGAAAUGGCUAUGAUUGAAAUGGGAUUUGAAAGACAGAAUUUUCAUCCGUUAAAGAGGAAGAGUGCAUUGCUGUUGAAACUCAUAGCUGUUGUCUUCGCUGUGCUUCUAUUUUGUGAAUUUUUAAUCUAUUUCUUAGCGAUCUUUCAGUGUAAUUGGCCUGAAGUGAAAACCACAGCCUAUGAUGGUAAACAGGCCACACGUGAGCCUGUGCUCAAAGCCAUGUUUUUGGCUGACACCCAUUUGCUUGGGGAAUUCUUAGGCCACUGGCUGGACAAAUUACGAAGGGAAUGGCAGAUGGAGAGAGCCUUCCAGACAGCUCUAUGGUUGCUGCAGCCGGAAGUCAUCUUCAUCCUGGGGGAUGUCUUUGAUGAAGGGAAGUGGAGCACCCCUGAGGCCUGGGCGGAUGAUGUGGAGCGGUUUCAGAAAAUGUUCAGACACCCGAGUCACGUACAGCUGAAGGUAGUUGCUGGAAACCAUGACAUUGGCUUCCAUUAUGAGAUGAACACAUACAAAGUGGAACGCUUCGAGAAAGUGUUCAGCUCUGAAAGACUGUUUUCUUGGAAAGGCAUUAACUUCGUGAUGGUCAACAGCGUGGCGCUGAACGGGGACGGCUGUGGCAUCUGCUCUGAAGCAGAAGCAGAGCUCAUUGAAGUUUCUCACAGACUGAACUGCUCCCGAGAGCAGGCACGUGGCUCCCGCCGGUGUGGACCUGGGCUUCUGCUGCCCGCGUCUGCCCCCGUCCUUCUGCAGCAUUAUCCUCUGUAUCGGAGAAGUGAUGCUAACUGUUCUGGGGAAGAUGCUGCUCCUCCAGAGGAAAGGGACAUCCCAUUUAAGGAGAACUAUGACGUGCUUUCACGGGAGGCAUCACAAAAGCUGCUGUGGUGGCUCCAGCCGCGCCUGGUUCUCAGUGGCCACACGCACAGCGCCUGCGAGGUGCACCACGGGGGCCGAGUCCCCGAGCUCAGCGUCCCGUCUUUCAGUUGGAGGAACAGAAACAACCCCAGUUUCAUCAUGGGCAGCAUCACGCCCACAGACUACGCCCUCUCCAAGUGCUACCUCCCACGUGAGGACGUGGUUUUGGUCAUCUACUGUGGAGCGGUGGGCUUCCUUGUGGUCCUUACACUCUCUCACUUGGGGCUUUUAGCCUCACCUUUUCUUUCUGGUUUGAACUUGCUCAGAAAGCGUAAGACAAGAUGAAGAGCAGGCGCCAUUGUAAAUAUCAAAGCCCAAGAAAUGGAACUUUGGGCAGAGAUCAUGUUAGAAUCAAGUAGAUGAUGAGACCAAUUACAGGCCGUCUCUCUGCACAUCACAGAAAUUCUCAAUCACUGACACGAGUAACUGCAAAAUAAAUAGUUGAUUGUACUGUUCUCAUGCUAGCAAAGUGGACAGGUACUCUACAACAAAUCUGUUUUCUCAUUUUUAUCAAAUAUAUGUAUCAUCGAAGGUUGCAUCUGUACAGUAUUAAAUGCUAUUAAUAUCGUCACUCA